AUGAGUGGGGACAAGUAUGGACCAUACCUUAGGGCCAGUAACAGUAAGACUGUAGAAACUGUUAAAACUGAAGUGUGCCUAAAUUUUAAAUUAUUCGCCUGGGUUCGAUCAUUGCUGCUGCAAACAGGCCAGGGCGUCUAUGUGCUGCAGAACUGGGAUUACUUCCGGUGCGAAGAAAUUAAGGAUACCUUUGAUGACGAGUAUGAAGAUGGUGACAGGUUUGGAGUGAAAGGUUUCAUCCUGUCAUUGUUCUCAACCUCGGAAGCUAUCUUAACGGCCAUAUUACUUCCGGUAGUCAUCUUUACUUUAUGGUUUGUGUGCUGCUGCGGUUUUAGAUCCGACAUCCUCUGCCGGAAGUCGUCUGCUGCUUCCGGAAAUCACGUGACAAAUUCGAUCGACAGAAACAUUUAUCGCUUCAGCGACUCGGAUGGGCGCGUCAAAUCUUGCUGCAUGUCAUGCUAUGACAGCUGCGGCUACGAAAUCGCCCAAACUUCAGACACGACAUAUCAAGAAAAGUCAACCACUAACAGCAGCAAAACUGCCAACGACUUCAACAGAUUCAGCCGCAACAGCCACACCAACGACGACGACGAAAAUAAUUGCGACGACGAUUUUUUCUGUAGCGAUUACGACGACGACACGCUCAACUACAAAAAUUCAAACAACAUCACCAUAUCUUACAUUGGAAAAUCUCCCAACAACAACCCCGUCAACCACAACAACCACAGCAGCAACAAAAACGUCAGCGACAGAAUAUCUUACGUCGAUAACCACACGCAACAACAUUAUCUCAAAUGCAUACCUAUCAGCUAUCUUCUAACGAACGCAUGCUCAAUAAACAACAACCACAACAACCCAAACGAUAACAACGACUAUUUCAACAACAACAACAACAUCAAAUACAUCAACAAAAAAUACAUCAACAACAACAUCAGUAGCAACAAAUCAAUAGCGUUCGUUCGACCAACCGUGUAUAGGUAUCAGCCAUGCAUGACCGGUGUUACAAGGAUGCAAGAGGAGUGCAGUACUUGCCUCGAAUACAACAACAAUUACAACAACAUCAAUAAUAUUGAAAACAACAACAACAUCAACAAUAUUAACAACAACAACAUCAACAACAAUAUCAACAGCAACAUCAACAACGGCAACAACAACAACAUCAAUAACAGUAACAUCAACAACAACAUCAACAACAACAACAUCAACAACAACAACAACAUCAACAACAACAAAACUAAUUCUAAUGACACCAACAGCAACAACACUAAUAGUAGUAACAUCAAUAACAGCAACAACAACACAAAAAAUAGUAGCAACAACACACAUAAGAAUGACAACAUCAUCCAUGAUGAUAAUAAUGCUGCCAGUAACAUUUACAAAGAUACUACCUCUACUAUAACUAUUACAACUUCUACUACUACUAUUAUUACUACUACUACUACUACUACUACUACUACUACUACUACUACUAUUUCUACAACUAAUAAUAAUAACACCGGAAACAACAACAAAAUUAUAACAGACAAUAAUAUCAACAACCGUAAUAUCACUGCUGUUAAAACCAACACAGAUUCUAUAGAAAACACUGUAAAACCAUUCAACAACAACAACAACAACAAUAAUAAUAAUAAUAAUGAUUAUAAUUAUAAUGAUAAUGACAAUUAUGUAGAAAUUAUUUAA